AUGGCGAACGAAAAAUUCGGUCCUCAUCUCCCAACGAUCAUCGAGGCGAGAGAUAUCGAGAUCCUUUACGAGCUCUGGGGAAUCGACUAUGCCGUUGAGAUCGAAGCACCUGAAGAUGGCGAAACUCCGGAGACUGUGAGGCCGGGGCAUUAUGGGGCCUACACGUCGCAUUUCCAAGACAGAGGUUUCUCAUUUCCUCUUCCUCACUUCCUUCUCGAGGCGCUUGCGGAGCUUGGGAUGGCUUUUGCCCAGAUGGCGCCUAAUUUUUGGCGCUAUUUCUUGUCUUCGUGGAUCCGAGCUAGGGAAGAGGGUCUCAGGUUCGGUCUCGAGGAGUUGAAACAGCGGUUUUCUAUUAGGAGGAACAGUGGCUUCCCCGGAACAAUGAUUCUUGCUCCUCGGGCUGGCCGUUCUAUUAUAGACGGUAUUCCUAACAGGGAUGACCGGUGGAGGGAGAAAUUUUUUGUUUUUAAGAUUAAUCCGGCGUCGGUGGGGGAUUUUGAAUUCGAGAGGAUCCCUAGGGAGUGGUCCAGCGAGAUUGAACCCUUCGGUUCUGGGCCAAUGACUCCCGAGCUUUGGGGGUUAAUCGCCACUUUGCGGCGGGGUAGCCCUCGAUGGCUCGCAUUCACCGUAGAUCGAAAUCGAGCUGCUUACGCUCUUCCGCCGGGUGAAAAUCAUGCUACUCCCAUUGGCUCGGUGGGGGGAGGGAGAAGGAGGUGCUACCCGACCGUCCUAACGAGUCUUCCGAGGUCGGGUCGUGGACCGAUCCUUAGGUCGAGGUUGCGGACUCAAUCUCCUUAUCUUUUGGUUAGGCCGGUUUCGAUCGCCGUUCCCGUUUGUGGGGCUCAAAGGGCGCCGAACACUUCAACUGGUUCUGUCGGUGAUCGAGCUCUCGAUGAUGAGAUCGAUUCGCCGACUCACCAACGCCGACGUCGAUCCCUAGAAGAGAUUAAUUCGGUGAGUUCUAAUUCCCCGAGCUCGGAGCCUCCUCUGCCGUUACGAGCUUCUGGCGAAGGUACUUCGCAGGUCGACCCGAGCGCUUGUCUUCCUGACGUGCAGGAGACCUCUUCGUGGAUAUUUUCGUAUGACGACGAGGUACCAAUCCUUGAGAAUCCUGAAGGUGUUGCUUCUAUUUGGCGCAAGAUCAGAGAGAAGGGAUGCGAGCUUCCUUCCCUAGAUAAUAUGCGUGAGCGUGACAUUUACGUGCGAAUGGCGAUCGUGAAUGCCAAGGUUAUGGAGCUCCGGGGUGAGUUGGAGACCGUUCGAGCAACAGAGAAGCAGCGCGAAGUCGAGGUCGAGGGAUUGAAGGGGAAAUUGGUUGCUGCCGAGGCGGAGAAGGUUGCUCUCCAGACUGACCUUGACUUGAUGAAGGAGAAGCAUAGGCGGGACAUUGAAGGUUGCAAGGCGACAGCUCUCAAGGAACGCAGUCUUGCUCGUCGGUCUCUUGCCCAAGAGUACGACGCGGUUCUUGCCGUGGUGAAGGAUAAGCUCUAG